AACCUCUGCGCAGGACGUUCCAAACAAUAAAACGCGUGCGUGUUCGCGAAAACGGUAUAGCGAAAUGCUUUUCGUUAAAUAAUUCCGUUGAAAAGGAUCUUAAAAAGUAUCCUGUGGAUACUUUCGGAAUGAUUAUAAUGCUUAAAUCGAAUCGAAUCGGAUCUCUUAGAUAAUAAUAUAGAAAUCAAAAUAGAAAGGGGGAGGAUAUUUAUUUAAGUGAAAUUGACGCGUGUCCUUUGACGAAAAUAAAAUGGCAGUGAUUUGCGGCGUUGAUUACAGUAGAGAUGAGUGACAUUAUCUUAAAAAAAGGGUUCAUUUACUCUGAAAGUAUAUAAAUAUAUUAUAAGAGCUACCAUUCUUCUUAUCUUUUAUUUUGUAGAAAAGAAAGAAAAAGAAAAAUUGAUAUCUCGCUAAAAUGGCAUACUACACGCUCGUACGGAAAAAAAUCUUGCCGACUUUAUUCUAGGAUAAGAAAAGUGCAAGGAUCCUGCGCGGAGAGUCGACAAUAAAAAUAGUUGAUAAAAUAAUUCAUUGUCAAUUGAUUGAAUUUUCUUUGGAGAGAUGAGGUCGUACGACGGGGAGAGUAGUUCGACGGAGGACGACGACCGAAGGGAAAGUAUACCAUCCGAAGCGCAUUUACAGCAAGGAUCCUGGCAACGUUCCGCGUCUCACCCUACGUGGGCUUGGGAGCAUCGUGCUGCUCAUCCAUUGGCCCCACCAUCAGCAGCGUCCCUCGAAUCUAUGUACUCGAACCCAGGAGUAUCUCAUCCUAGUGUUUCCGGUCCACCAACGAGUUACUCAACUAGCGAACAUCCAGCAUCAGCAGCAGCGGCAGCAGCAGCGGCAGCUGCUGCACAGGCUGUUCCAGGACGUCGAACACCUUUGGGAGCCGUAGGUCUCGGUGGAUUUUAUUUUCAACAGCAACCACAACCGCAUGCUUCCUCGAGUGCUCUCUCAGAUGAAAAUAGACCCGAUCACGAAAGACCGGGAGCAUCCAGGCUCAAUUGUCCGCCAAAAUCAAAGACCACGCGUCAAGGGAAAAGUGUUCGUUUGAAUAUAAAUGCUAGGGAACGCAGAAGAAUGCACGAUUUGAAUGACGCUCUGGACGAGCUUCGUUCGGUCAUUCCUUAUGCUCAUAGUCCGUCCGUAAGGAAACUUUCCAAAAUUGCCACCCUUCUCCUGGCGAAAAAUUAUAUUUUAAUGCAGGGAAACGCGCUAGAAGAAUUGAGAAGAGUUAUAGCCGUGUUACAAUCGCCACACGCUCACACCACGGCUUUACCACCAACGCCUGUCUCCUACGAUCUUCUUCAAGGAUUCCCUGGGAAAUUGUUUCAAGGCGUUCAGGAAAUGCAAGGACUUCCUGCGGGUGAUCCACAAGUUGUAACUGCAGGAGGCCCACCCACCGACGCUACCGUUGCCAGCGGAGAAUCGAAUUAAUAUUUUUUUAAACUCUUUCCUCGACUCUUUCAUAGGGACAUAUACAUACUUACAUAUAUACAUAAAAUACAUGCGAUCAUUGAUCAAUCGAGACAGAAUUCUAUAUAUAUAUAUAUAUUAUAAAUUAGGUUUCAUUUUGAUAUUUCGAAAUGAUCUUUUGACUCGCGCGAACAAGUUGAUCUCUUUUAGAAUAUAUUCAUUGAAAAAAAAAAGUAGCAAUUAUAUAAAUUUAAUGAUAAGAUUACGCGAACGAAAGUAUUAGUCGAUAAGUUUUAUUCGUUAGACGAAUUAUUCUAACGUCAAUAUUUCACAGAAGAAAGAGAGAGAGAAUGGGAGAAGAAGAUCUACAAUUUCUCUUGAAUUUUCAUCGUGGUAAUGGGAGAGAAUAAUUUUUCAACGAUGUUCGUUAAAAAAUUGUUAAAGAUUAAUCGAGAGCACAUCGAGGGUUGGGUUAAACUAUCGUUGAUAGCCUUAAGACGAAAGUUAGCGAAAAAGUAUAUUAAAUAAUUAAGAAUA